AUGAGCCGUGGCGGGAUUGGCGUUUUGCCAUCCGUGACUACCCCAACGUUUCGAACAUGUAAGAAUUUGCUCGUACUUGAUGCACGCCCAACACUUUAUGCCAGUCCAGUCGGUGCUGAACAGCAUUCGCCGUCGUAUUUUAGCACUGCUGGCACAAAGUGCACUUCAGAAAGUAUCGCACCGCAAAGAGCUUUGCAUCCAUCCUGA